CUUUUCUGACAUAAAUGCGUGUUUGCAGAUUGUGUAGACCUCCAGAGAAGGGUCAGGAAGGUGUCCGGUCAGAACAGACCUGCUCGUCGUCAUGACCUCGGCGUGGUUGAACUUCAUGCUGUUGCUGCUGCUGUCGUCGGCAGUGAGAGCGGACGUGACAGGCGAGAUAGAGAUAGAGACGGAGACGCAGACGGAGAGACAGUUGGAGACGGCCGUCGCUGAGGCUCUGGUUGCUGAGGAGCGCAACAACGACACCAUCUUGUCGCCCGCCGAGGAGCUGCUGCAGGCGGCGAUGGCUGCAGGUGGGACCUACUUAAGACCAACACGACCACAACGUAGACAUGACUUUAGCCCAAUAUGCAACAAAUACAGUACAAUUGAACAAUAUAAAUAUCUUUUACAGCUGUAUGUGUGUUGUGUUACAUUGUUAAAGUACUGCCACAUUACUGUGAGUGCCAGCUGUGAGUGUACUCGGGCUACACCAUGUAAAUCUAUCACUGCUGUUUACUUGCAGAGACAGUAUAACCCCCAAGGUGAGGCCAGCAUCCAGAGUAACAGAAAGGUGCCAGUGCCAGACAAAAUCCUGAAGCCGCUACCCUUCGUACCAGGUCCUACCAUGGUCAAAUUUCCCCCUCAUCACCAACCACACCAGCAGGUACCCUCUGCCCCAUCACGUCAGUCAACACGUCCUCUCCCAGACUUUAGUAACACGGUUGGACCUGAUUUUGGACCAGUUACUUUUAAUGAAUUUGGUGGUAAUUUGGGAUUUGGCAACAACAAGAAUGACUUUGGGGAUUUGGGCUCUCCAAAUCAAGGAGCUAGAGCGCCACCCUCUGGUCACCGGCCACCAUCACAUCAUCGGCCCUCUCCGCCUCGACAUAUUCCCCGCCCUUCUCCAACCAGGUUCCAACCUCGGCCUGAGCCAGUCAGGCCAAGACCACCACCACCUCGUCCACCCAGGCCAGCUCACAGCCGGCCUGGAGCCUUUAGCAGUGUUGGAUUUGGUUCCUUUGGUAGUGGGGGAAGCUGUGUCAAAUACACAGAUGACAUCUGUCUUGACACUGAAGAAUAUCCACAUGAGGCAAUUCUGUCAUCAUUGGUACGUGACCCAUCCCGUGCUGAUACCAUGAUGGCUGAGGUAAGGUCACAGAGUGCUGACGACUUGGUGGAUGGAGUGACAUCAGCCCAGGAGACAAAGUAUGACUAUCAGCAUUAUUUCGGUAACAGGCGGGCAGACACAAUCAACCAUGCUCAUCGGGACUUUGCUCAAGAUGGUGGAUUCUUGUGCCCAGCUGAAGUGAAAUAUGCCAGACCGAAGCGAGCCAGGAACUCUAAGGGAGCAUGGAAGUACAUUGUAAACAUGGACAAGUAUUCCCAGACCAUCCGCAUGGAGAAGUGCAUGAAGCCUGGUGGAGCGUGCAGCUAUGUGUCGCAUCACUACCGUGCCACUUGCAACCAGGUCUACAACUACCAUCGACUACUCUCCUGGGAUGAUGGACGGGGCCUCCACAUGGAUAUCUUUAAGGUACCAAGCUGCUGUUCAUGCCACAUCCAGGGGUAUGCCUAUGUCUUCCCACCACUCAACAAACACCAGAAUGCAGCUGGGUCAGAGCAUGUCAUCCAGACAGUACCCGCACCUUCACGUGAUAUGAGCAAUGAGGACCCAGAUAGUGGCACACCUCCUCCAGCACAAGGCCCAGAUAAUCCCCGGAACAGUGAAGGUGGGCCAUCAGUGCGGAGGAGAAGACCUGGUCAGCGCUCCGAAGGAUCCAGGCAACCGGGACCUUGGCCUGCCAGAGAUGAAUCGAGCCAUGGCCUACGCAACAGAAUGCAGGAAGUGGAGGAGCAAUCUCAGGAGGUUAGCCAUCCCCCCAGCAGCAGGAUGAGGCCACAUCCUCGUGACUCGGCUAAGGCCAAAGAUAACAGUGACAAAGUCAACUAUGGCUACCACCCCAUCAUAGACUUCUUCAGUCCAUACAGGCUCCAGAGUAAGAGAGAAUAAAACAGAUUUUCCAUCAAGAAUGUGUUUUCUAGAGGCUGUGAGAGCAGCCUGGGCAAUGGAUCCUAGUUUGGUCCAGGCAUUUAUCUGGGUUUUAUUAGUGGAGCUUUUACUUUAAUGUGACUGUUAGACGUUGACAUAAUUUAUUUUAUUUAAAAUUUUAACUGAGCAGACUUCUUAAAGCACAUGUUGCAUCCUAUGAUCCAAUUGAUAGCUUGGACAAAAGUUUAGGUAAUGAGUAGAAUUUCAAGUAACAUGGACAAGCAGUAAAAUAAGGGACUGCACAGUAGUAGCUUAAUAAGCCUUAUGUUUUAAUGAACAUGCAUAAUGACCCAAAUUUUUCAAAACAAUAAAUUUGAUAAUAAAUCAUGUACAAGAUUACCUACAUUUUGUUUGUGUAUUUUACUCGUGCUGUGCAUACACACACGCACACAUCGGUUGUAUGGGGUCCAUAUCUCAAGAAGCACAUCAAUAAACUGGAAAAUAAGAAAAGGUUCAAAAACAUGCAAUAAAUGGCUUCCGGAACUGGAAAAAACAAGAGCUGUGAGUAGCGGCUAAAGUUAAAUAUACCAAAGCUAGAAGAAAGGUGAUGAUUACCAAAUACAAAACAGUAACAGGAAUCUUACAAAAUUAACAAAGAAGAAUUCUUGGAACGUUCAUCUUCCAAGAACAAGAGGUCAUACAUAGACUCAAGCUAAGGCAACAAAGCUUAAAAAAAAAAAAGUGGAUGUUCUAUUUUGCAAACAAUGUUAGGUGGCUGGAAUAAGCGAGGUGGUGGAUGCCAAAACUGUCAGUAGUUUGAGUCGUACAGCAGAGAACCAAGAAGAGAGGACACCACCAGUGUAAUUCAUCAUGUAACUACACUUGGGUAAUUACACAUGCACAUACAAUCCCCCCCCCCCCCCCCAACACCAUAA